GAGAGAGAGAGAGGACUUCUGCCUUGCUCAUGUCGUUGAUUCCCGGCAUGCGUCGCCUCCGUCUCUGAGUCUCCCAACCUUGCCUUCCCUUCGUUCAUUCCCAGCCCUUUUAAUUGUUUCAAUUACCCUUGCUUAAUAUCUUGCUUGAUUCUUCUUCUGCGCUAGCAAGGUUGCUGUUGUCUACGAUCGACGUUGUCGAUCCCAGAUUCUAGGGUUCGGGUUAGGGAUUUGUUUCUUGCCAACUUUGGGAAUUGAGAGGGAGAGAAUGAGUUUUCCAGGAUCUGUAAUAUUUGGGGCGGCUGCUAAUCGGGCGUCGGGAUCCAAGGCAGGCCGUGGCGGCCGGGCUGUUCCGGAUCAGAACGGCCAUCCGCAACUUCGAGCGCCUCGGCGACACGAUCAGCACCCCCAGGAAUACCCCCGAGCUACCUCGGGAAGGUGUUCCUAAUUUGGUUCCUCUUUCAUCUCAGGGAAUUGCUGUUUGUUUCACUGUGUUGAUUGACAGAUCUGUUUGGUUCGGUUGGAGCUAGUGUUUACCUGGAGUUUCAAAUUAACCUAUAUGAAUCAUAUUAUGAGAAGUAUCAUCUGCAAUAUUAGAAAUCAUCUUUUUACUAAAUACAAUCUGGUAUGUAUCUUUUCUCUCCCCUUGCCAUAUCAGACAUUAUGAUGAUUGAAACUGGAGUUUAUAUCUUUCAACAAUGAACGGAUUUCUUGGGUGCAACUUAAAUUGUUUAGGAAUAAUCUUUCUUUUAUCACAAUGUUUCAUACUGUGAGUUCUCUUACCAAAAAAAUUUGACCACAGGUGAGUUCUUUUUAAUGCUCAUGUUAUUUCUUUGUCCUAGUCUUCAGAUUUUUCCCUCAUCUUUUCAAGAACUAUUGUUUUUGCAUAUUCUCUAGGAAUAGUUUCAUUAGUCCAGUAUUUUGUUCUGAUAUUUACAAGUUUUUUUUUUUCGAGACAUUGAUUGCAAAGACAAUUGAAUUACAUAUUUAACAUAGGUCUAUAUUCCAAACCCUCUUUGUUGCCUAACCAUUUAAUAAACAAAAUCUCUUGACCUAGGUGGCAUGUAUUUUAUUUUUUUAUUCUUUCUACUUGUUUUUGACUAAUCAUUGAGUAGGAGCCCUUAUUGUAUGCAAACUCUAGACCCUGGGUCCUUUUAUUAGGGAAUCUGAGUUUAAUUAGGUUGUGGAAUAUAGUUUGAUCAAACUAAUAAAGAACUAGCCAUUGAUUCAUUAGGACUCACUUAGUAUUGAUAAGGAAAAUUCUUCUUUACCAAUAAUAACAUGACACAUGACAAUAUAUGUUGUAGCCUGAUUGACAAGAGGGGAUAAGAUCUAUUCGAUGGUCGAUCUAUGUGGACAUUAGUCCAAAAGGGUGGCUAGAGAUUGUCCCCUUAAAGAGUAUUUUAUGAAAUGUUUUCUCCUUUUUACCUAUAUUAAAACCUAUCUUUAGCACAAUAAUCAAGGUAAACUUACUAAAAUUAUUAAAAUCUAUCUUUACUAAAAUUACUCCACCCACCCUUGUUGAUUACUGAAUUAGGUAUUAAAGGGAUCAAUUGCAUACUAUGCAUGUUAGUCCACCUCAGCUCUUGAGCGAGAGUCCGAGCCACCCAUCAACCACAUUAGACUUUUGGUGCACGUGGAACCGAAUCGAGUUGGGCUUAUUCAAAUAUCAUUGAUAUUUUCUCCCCAACAAUUAUGAUUUUGUCACAAAUCUUACUGAUCCAUGAAACAUGAUGACUUGUAAUAAGCUAUAAUUUACAUGGACAUCAUGUAUGUAUUUAUGUAAAUCCUUGUUGUGCCAAUUCUGCUUUCUCCUAUUCAUCUAUUGUGAUAUUAUUUUGCGUGAUUGUUCAUGUUUAGCUUGUAGCAGAGUCUUUCCGUUCCCUGCACCUGCUGCUUCUAGUGAUUCCCAGUCCUCAAUUAUUAUGGUUUUGAGGUAGUGGUGGUGCAUUCUUUUGUUUUGUUUUUUGUGUUUUUUGACGAAGACGGAAUUUGAACCUAAAAUCUUAUUAUAUAUUAUUAAGAUCUUUACCAGCUAAGUAUGGAAGGAUUACAUUAUUCAUUAGCCAAAGAGUCAGGGGAUUCGAGCUCGGAACCUUGUAGGGUCAGGAUCAGUUUCACUCUGUUUACUUUGCUCAACCAUAUCUUCACGGAAGCAACACAAUUAGCCCUUUACUCAUCCAUAUCUUCAUUAGUCUCAAAAGGAGACAAAUCCUCCAUCAUUACAGCCUCCUAAUUCUCGUUGUUUCCACUCCAUGUUUAUCUAUUUUGAUGGAUUGUUCAGUUGUUUCGGCAGAUAUGUGACACUUUCGUGCCAUCAUCGAUCAUAAUUUGGCGGAUCAAUUCUUUAGUAGCAUACUAAAGCUCUCGCGGAAAGUGGGUGGGGGUGCUUCCCAUAGAUGCACAGAUGUAAGGCCUUCAUCCAUAUCUCUGAAACUUUAUGAUUUAUAUUGAUCUGCUUUGCAAGUGGUCCGUCUCCAAGUCAAAAGCAUCCUCCCGAGACUCAUCAAGCCGAUCCAUCACUUUUCAAAAAGUUAAAUAGGCAGCCAUUAAGUGGCUUCUCUCCUACAGCAAAUCUGCCCAACUACCAAGAUUUUGGUGUCGGCCUCUACUGGCAUGUUCAGUGACAAUCUUGUCACCACUGUCUCCUAUGGUUGCAACCCUCCUCUUAUGCUCAAAUGUGGGCUUGCCUUUCCCAGCAGGAGCUUUCUCGACCGAGGUUUCCUUGUUGCUGCUCUUGCUCGUCUUCAUCUUUGCUUGCAACGAGUCCUGCGUUAAAUGAAUGGAUGGCUGAUCCAUCCUGGGAGGGAGCAUUUGGCUUUCCACAUGCGGCGUCUGCCAAUAUUGCUGCCUGUUUUAAAUGAAUGGAUUCCAGCACGUUGUCCCGAGUUUUGUCUAUUGCUGCAGGCGACCCCACAAGAUGUCCUGUAGCUAUUUAAUAGCUUCAGAGAAUCUGCUAAAGGCAUGGAGCGAAGUCAAAUUCCUGCUGGCAGAAACCAUCUCUGUCUCUCACCCAUGGAAUACCCGUACAAACACAUGGCUGCAUGCAUUGCAACAUUUUGAGGUGCCACACCACACAUUCCAGACUUUUUAUCCUUCCACAUAAACUUCUCGUUUCGUUAGCUUUUUUUUUGAAAUUGAUAUCUCAUGCGAUACGAAGCACAGAUUUAAGCACGUUGGAGCCAACAAGUGUUUUGAGUUCCGAUUUGAUGUGCAACAAGCAGUUCGGAGCACGUAUGUGAUUCCAGCAAUUUCCACAAAUCAAAGUCUAAGAGAGAGCAACCUGACAUAUAUGAGCAAGUGUUCGAGACUUCAUGGAAGAAAGUAUCGUUUCGCAUCGCAACUCAAGUCACGGUGCCGGCUGCCAAUCGCAGCCGAGUUGAAGCAGCGUGUUUUCGUUGCAUGUUAAAUCGUGAAUUUAAGUCGGGCAACGUAGCAUUUUUCUCAUUAAAGAAUCCGCGCCUCAAGGCUAUCGCGUCCUAUGACCUCCACGGGUUUCAAUCAGAGUUGAUGUGCAACGUGUCACAAUCAGCUCUGUCCGUUCUCAGCAUAAAUAGCGCCCGUUGCAGGUCCGCUGUCCGACCCAUACUUCGCUUUUCUACGCUCAUUCCAUCAUUGCCCCGAGUGAGUCCUCCUCCGGCUCCGGUGAAGGUGGCGACCACGGUUUUGUUGUCACGGCUGCCUCAGAUUCGCUUGGUGCAGGUCGGGAACGCUUUGAUCCGGACGCGGACGAGCCAGAUCCCGCCUUGCACCAACUGAAUCGGAGGCGGACAGCGACCAUCUCGACCUCCCUUCGUUCCGCCCGUCCGCCCCAUUUCUUGGAUCCCAUCUAUCCAUGGUCAGAUCGAGCCUAUCUCUUCCUCUUUUUAUGUUUUAUUUAGUUGAUCGUUCUGGAGCAUCGAGACCUUAUGGAGGUCCUUUGAAUUACCGGUGGAUAUCUCGGCGCCGAGCUGUGGCUUCCAUCUAUUUCGGAAAACUUAACCGGUCUUAUCUGAUUUGAUUCAGCUAUUAGAUUGGUGGUAGGUUUCGGUUGUCUGGCGGCAAUUGGUUGUUGAAGAUCGCUUCUGAUCGAGUGUUUCAAGCUUUUGCAAAACUCAAUCUUCUGCAGAAAUUUUGGGAUCCACUAUGGUUUUUCGUAAUCUGCAUCUAGUAUGCGUGGUAGAUCUGUCUCUGAGGUUCAUCCCGAUUCGCCAUUCAUGCUUGUGAAGCACUUGCAGUACGUGCAAUUGGAUGUUUUGCCUGCUCAGAUGUUUUUAUUUAUCUCUAUAAAAUUCAUCCUGAUUGUCAACCUGAUCGUGAGCUUAAGGCUAGUGAAAUCCCUGGAACUAUUAAUUGUUCUGUUCUUCUUCUUCCCUUAUCGUUUCUCUCCUAGUUCUAGACCAGUCCAUGAAAAGGGGAAAAGAACGCCAGCUUCUUAGCCUACUUACCCAUCUUCUUCUCAGUCACAAGACUCGAUCACGAACUUAAUCGUGAUUUUGCCUUAGGCUUUGGAUAUAUGAUCAGAAUCGUGCAAAUAUAUUCUUUAUCAAUACAAAUACCUCAAAAUUGGGGUGCGUAGCACAUUUCUAAGAGUAAUCCUUAGAAUAUGGUAUUGUUGAUGUUUUAUUUGCUAUGCCAUGUGGCUGCUUUAUUAAUGUUCGUUGGUUGCUCUUAUGGCUUCUGUAUUUUGUUACUUAUUGUCUUUGGCAGAAUUUGGAAGUGUAUAAAUUAAGUUUUGGUGUCUUAGAUAUUCGCAGCUACUGUAGGCCGAAAGAUUAUUAUUGUGAAAGAUUGUGAAGAAUCCACAGCUCAAUUACCUUUAAAUUGAGGAUACUACAGAGUUUUUCUCUACUCCAAUUAAUAUAAUUAUUUCAAGUGAUGCAAGAUGAGGAAGAGAAGAUCCAUAGGAUCGAUCCAAGACAUGAGAAAUGAUUUGGUAAGCUUGCUUCAGCACCAGAUAUAGGUUUCAUCACUGAGGACUCUUAGAGUUGACCUAAAUAGUUGGGAAAAGCUCAAAAUGGGAUUAAACAUUUUAUUAGUAAGCUUAAAACACUUGUUACAAAAUACAAAUCUUUUCGUAAUACCCAUGAGUUUUUUUCCCAAUUAUAAAAAAAAUUCAACAGUAUAUUAUGGUAUGAACGACAAUUUGUAUUAUUAAACUUCUUUUCUUUCUUUGCAUGUUUGGAUAUUGUUCUUCUUUUCUUGGCAAUUUUUUACAUGUUCUCUAUUUGCGAUAUUAAUAUUAGGAACUCUCAAUUUUGAUCUGGAUCGUUGGAGUCGAGGUGUACUUUGGAUUGGUAAAUAAACUUAUUCCUCAUCCAGCUUAAUUUUAGCUGGAUCUCGUUAGGUCCUGGUUAGAAAUGUCAUCAAUGUCUAUACUUUGCAAUCAUUUGUUGGUUGGCCACAGUCACAGAACUUUAGGUCAUAUAUUAAUGGGGAUUUGUAUCGGCUCUUUACUUUGCCCUUUGCGCAUAAGUGCUUCUUUUGAUUACUUAUCUCGACAUGCCACCAUGUAUCUGUCGCCUGUAUAUUCUGGCCAAGAAUGCUUGUUUUCUUCUACCAAUCUGUAUAUUGUGCUGAAGAACACGUUUGUGCUUCGUAUCGUUCGGAAGGUAGGAGAACAUAGAAAAAAAGGGCAGAAGGUCAAUAAUUAUUAAGAGAUCGAAGAUAUUCUUAGUUCUUAAUUCUUGCGAGGACAGGUUCUAGAAUCAAGAUAAGAUUGAUCCCUUUGUGGACCAAUCUUUUUAAUUCAGUCUUUCUUAAAUUUUGAGUAGUUGCUGAAUUAUAGAAGCUACUUUCAAUCGUCAGAUGAUUACAGAAUCAAUUUCAACGCUUCAUUUCUGGAAGAAUAUUUCAUUAUAGUGCUUCCGAUAAUGUUUCGAGCCCAAUUCAAAACUUUCAUGUAGCGAUGACUACAAGUCUCCAUGAGCUGGAAGGUGAUUAAUUUUCUUUUCAUCCUCUUUUUUGUGCCAAGUCUGCUUUGUCUCAUGUAAAUCUUGAGUUCAAAGUUGUCAGAUGAGAUCAGGCCAACGAUGGACCGUCUUGUCCUGUUGUCCUGUUUAGCAACUAUUCCUGUAGACCAAGUUGGUGUGAUGCUAACGAUAGCUUGGGGUAUUAGUCAUAGUCCACGUGUCCCCAUUUCCACAAGCCAUGCGAUCACAAUAGCAUACCAAACAAGGAGAAGCCUACCAUGACCGAACAGGGCAACCGUCAUCAAUGGGAACAACCUGUCUCGAUGGAUCAGAUCACUCACUGACCUUGCACGGGUGACGUGGUCUCUGAUGACGGGGCCGAUAUUUUUGGGUCCCAGUCACUGAGAGAAAUCGCCGCAGUUGUCAGGGCGGAAUCGUCCCACCUUCGCCGCCCACAGGACUCCCAAACUCCACCUAAGGUGUGAGGGCCCACGUAUGCGAACCAUUAAUAUUUGAUUUGGUCACCGUGCCGGUUCCAGAACGGGGACGUGUUGACGGGCUUCUUAGGAAAGCGGUGUUAUCGAGUGAUUUCAUUCUCGCGAAGCGACGCGCGAAUCGAGCCCCUCGAGGGAAUUGAGACGAGGGCGCAAACUCUCCGGGAACUCGAGAACCUCGCCGACCACGGAAACCCUCCGUCGGGCCCCCAGCGAUGAAGCAGCUCGUCUCACGCAAACAAAAGCCAUUGGUCCUUUUUCUAACGUCUCUUUUUUAGGUGUCUCGAUCCUGAACUGACCGAAGCAAAUCUCGAAUCUACGCCAGUGAACGGACGAGAUUGGUCUCCAGAUUCCACACGUACGAUGGGUUUGUUGUACGCAUAGGAUAUCACAUGCGGACGCACAGCAGCAGACGAUAUAUAUAUAGAGGAGCGGGAGGACCCGUCGAGACCGAGGCGGAGAAGAGGAAGGGAAAAGAAUAGAGGAAGGCGAAGACCCCUCCGUAAACCCUACCUCUUCUCGAUUCCUACCAUCUUCGGUCGACCUCCGGCUACCCACUCGACGGCGGAUUGGAUCCAAUUGCGUCGCCGGAUGUCGCGGGAGGUUUUGUAGAAUGGGACUGGAGUCGUCCGGCGGGUCUCCUCGGCUGGAGAAUCGGGCGAUCGACUCCUUUCGCUCUCUGCUUCGACCGAUCGGACGUUAGCGACGCGAUACACAUCGCUGGUGGAAUUAUGGAUGGGGGAGGGAUUGGAAAGAACAAGCCGCAAGCGUUCCGUGCUUAUGAAUCGUCGCAAUCUUCCUCCGGACCCUCUCUGGUUUUCGGCGAAUCUUGCGCGACUGCGAAACGAUCUCUAGUUGAAAAGCUAACCAAAGGCAUAGUUGAAACAUACCGCAAAUGCAACCCUGGUUUCAAGUACUCUAAUGCAUCGAACUGGAAGCGCUUCCUUACAAAUCCUUCUACUGGAGUAAAAAAUGAUGGCUAUGACAAUGCAUAUUCAGAUCUUAUUUUGUAUGUAAAUCUUGUAUUGUGUUCAGGCUCGAAACAGAGGUACAUUGUUAAAGACAUACUUGGCCAAGGUACAUUUGCUCAGGUUGCUAAAUGUUGGGACAUGGAGACCAACAAUUAUGUUGCCAUUAAGAUUAUCAAAAAUCAGCCUCAGUAUUAUCGACAUGGAGUAUUUGAAGUCCAUAUUCUGUCAAUGCUCAAUCAAAAGCUUGAUCCUGAUGAUGAGCAUCACAUUGUGCGCAUGCUUGACUAUUUUUUAUUUCAAAAUCAUCUUUGCAUUUCGUUUGAAAUGCUUGGGUCAAAUCUGUAUGAGCUAAUAAAAGAAAAAAAGCAUAAUGGAUUUACAUUGGAUGUCAUACAAGACUUGUGUAAGCAGAUCUUGGAUGCAUUAAUCAUCACAAGAUAUGCUGGUAUUAUCCAUUGUGAUUUGAAGCCAGAGAAUAUCCUUAUAUGUACAAGUGAGAAACCACCAAAAAUUAAAGUAAUUGAUUUUGGGUCGGCUUGCUUCAUGAGUAAGACAAUAUACACAUACAUUCAGAGUCGUUAUUACAGGUCUCCAGAAGUUCUCCUUGGCUACCCAUAUACAAUUGCCAUUGAUAUGUGGUCACUUGGGUGCAUUGUUGCUGAGUUGUACUUGGGUUUCCCUUUGUUUCCUGGGGAGUCACAAUUUGAUGUUCUAAAGAGGAUGACUGAAAUACUUGGUGAUCAGCCUCCUGAUAAUCUCCUUAGGAAUGCAACCAAGACAAAUAAUUUCUUUAAACAUGUUGGUAGCAUAAACCAGUUGGUGGAUGACCAGUCUGUCAAGAUAAACAGCAGCGCUUACCAAAUUCUAAAUGAAGAGGAAUUUGAAAUUAGGGGAUUAAAAAGGCCAAAGAUAGGAAAAAAAUAUUUCAGUUUUGUGAAACUUGAAGAUAUCGUUGCAGAAAAAGCUUACAGGAAAAACUUGCCAGAUGAACAAUUUGACAAAGAAAGUGCAAUGUGCUUGGCAUUGAUUGAUUUCUUAAGGGGCCUUCUUGAGUUUGAUCCUGCCAAACGAUGGUCACCUUUGCAGGCUUCACACCAUCCAUUUGUUACUAGAGAACCCUUUUUGUUCCUUUACAAACCUCUUCCAGAGACUCCACUCACUCCAGUUUCUCAUGCUCUUCAAGUGGAACAUGAUCCGAGGCAAGGACACCAACUAGCAGCUGGUCUCUCUCCAGAGGUUGUAAGUAUGAACAAAUAUCUUCCACAGAAUAGCUCUAAGGUUUUACUGGUGCCUUCAUCCUAUGAAAGUAGUUAUGGCAGCUCAGAAAGCCAUGGAAGCUAUAAUUAUAGUGCUAGUCUUGGAAGUGGUUGCAGAAGUUAUUCAUUAAAAAAUAGCAUGUUGGAUUACUCACCAGUCCAUUCUUCCCUUUUCCAAAGUGCUAAAACAGGGGGAUCUGUCCUUGGUGUUAGUGCGGAUGCUAGACAUGUUCCAUUCUGUCAUGGGAAUGGUUUUGGUGUAACUCCUAGUUACAAUUUCUGGCCAACGUCCCUAGGAGCCAGCCCCUCUCAAUUUACUUAUCCAAGCUUGAAAGUCCAAGAAUCAAAAAUGUUUCAAGGAGAGUAUGCUUGCCAUUCCCCAGCAGAAGGCAGCUUUCAUGAUUUUCCAUGGGGCAAAGCUUCUAAAUUUGUUAGAGAAGGCAAACAUGCCUAUAAUGGAUCGUUGGGUAUUCAACCUCAUGAAAAUUCAUUCAAGUACUAUCAUGGCCUUUGUGAUGAUGAGACGAGCUCUAGUUAUGAAGACUCAAAUCAUCAAAGAUUUGUAAGUUCUAGUACUUUUUCAGCCUUUCAUCAUUCUAACAACAGGAUACAAGAAGUGUCAUGGGACAAGCCUGAAUCAAGUUACUUACCAUUUGGUCCUGGAGAUUGGGAUCCCAAUUAUAGUGAUGAAUCCUUGGUUCAAGGAGAUUGCUCUGAGAUCAAUUCUCUGGCUUUAGGGUUUGACAGUGUUAUCCGCCUUGGUUGCUCAAUCGAUUUGAGUAAUCAAACAAGUGGAAUUGGUACUUUCCCCUUGAACCGUCAACAGGCACUUGUGGGCUCAAAUUAUAUGUAUGCAGAUUCAAGGAAUCCCCCUGUUAUUCAGGGCUUGCACGGUGGAUAUGCACAUCCGGUGUCUCUUCCACAUUCUGUAUCUCAAAGUGCACAAAACUCACCCAGGCAUUUUGGACAACAGUAUUUUCAGCAAUUUAAUCACCCGCAUACAAUGCAUACUCAUAAUCUGUGGAAUCAUCAGAAGGCGCAGGGGAGAUAGGUGGACUAUCAUUUGCAGCAAUAUUACACUAUUCCUGGACGGGACGGAGUGUUUCCGGCGGAAGAGAUGGCGCUGUCUGUCUGUCUGUCUCUUGCAACUGAUAUCGGAUGGUACUGGACAUCCAGUUUGUGUUUGAAAGUAUAAUUUUUCUUUCCCGUACCUUUUUAAAAAAAAAAAAAAAAUCUCUGGCUGUUGUUAUCUUGUUUGCUCUGAUGGGGUUUGUCAAGGAAAUGCUAGAGAUGAAUCUCCCACCACAUUCUUUAUGUUAUUCUUACCUUGAAUAACAGAAAAAGGUGCCGUAUGUUUGGAACUUGGAAGCCAA